UCCUCCCUCCCGCGGGGCUUCGGCGGCGGCUGCUGCUCCGGCGCUCGGCGCGGGUAGGUCCCCCUGCUGCCUGGUUCCAUUUGUUGCCGAGUCCGGCUCGGGGCAGCCGCGGUGCGCGGAGCUCCGGAGAGCCCGGCAGGGCAGCCGCGCAGCCACGACGGAGCAGCCGCGGGAUUGGCCGCCCCGCGCCCCCUUCGCCGCCGUGCCCUUCCCCGGCGCGCUCACUCCCUUCUCGGGAUGGGAUUGUAGCGGCGGCGCGGACUCGGCGGGGGUCGCGGCGGAGGCGACGGCGGCGGCGGCGGCCGAGCAGGGCUCCAUGUUUUCCCCCGGCCAGGAGGAGCACUGCGCCCUCAACAAGGAGCCGGUGAAAUACGGGGAGCUGGUGGUUCUGGGGUACAAUGGUGCUUUACCUAAUGGAGACAGAGGCCGGAGGAAAAGCAGAUUUGCCCUCUACAAGCGGCCGAAGGCUAACGGAGUCAAACCCAGCACGGUCCAUGUGAUAUCCACGCCGCAGGCAUCCAAGGCUAUCAGCUGCAAAGGUCAACACAGCAUAUCGUACACUCUGUCAAGGAAUCAGACUGUGGUGGUCGAGUACACACAUGAUAAAGAUACGGAUAUGUUUCAGGUGGGCAGAUCAACAGAAAGCCCUAUUGACUUCGUCGUUACAGACACAAUUUCUGGCAGUCAAAACAAUGACGAAGCGCAAAUUACACAAAGCACCAUAUCCAGGUUUGCCUGCAGGAUAGUCUGUGACAGGAAUGAACCUUACACAGCACGAAUAUUCGCAGCCGGAUUCGACUCUUCCAAAAACAUAUUUCUUGGCGAAAAGGCAGCAAAGUGGAAAAACCCCGAUGGCCACAUGGAUGGGCUCACGACCAAUGGUGUCCUGGUGAUGCAUCCGAGAGGGGGCUUCACUGAGGAGUCCCAGCCUGGGGUCUGGCGCGAGAUCUCUGUCUGUGGAGACGUGUACACCUUGCGAGAGACCAGGUCUGCGCAGCAAAGGGGAAAGCUGGUGGAAAGCGAGACCAACGUCCUGCAGGACGGCUCCCUCAUCGACCUGUGCGGGGCCACCCUGCUCUGGAGGACGGCAGAUGGCCUCUUUCACACCCCAACCCAGAAGCACAUUGAAGCCCUGCGGCAGGAGAUCAACGCUGCCCGGCCACAGUGUCCCGUGGGGCUCAACACCUUGGCCUUCCCCAGCAUCAACAGGAAAGAGGUGGUGGAGGAGAAGCAGCCCUGGGCGUACCUCAGCUGUGGCCACGUGCACGGCUACCACAACUGGGGCCAUCGGAGCGACACGGAGGCCAACGAGAGGGAGUGUCCCAUGUGCAGGACUGUGGGCCCCUACGUGCCGCUCUGGCUCGGCUGCGAGGCGGGCUUUUAUGUAGACGCGGGACCACCCACUCAUGCUUUCACCCCUUGUGGACAUGUGUGCUCAGAGAAGUCUGCGAAAUAUUGGUCUCAGAUCCCGCUGCCUCACGGGACUCACGCAUUUCAUGCCGCCUGCCCUUUCUGUGCCACGCAGCUGCUUGGGGAACAGAACUGCAUCAAAUUGAUUUUCCAAGGUCCAGUUGACUGAUGCCCUUUACAGCCAUCGACGACGACUUUAUUAACAAGUUACUGUGAAGAUUUUGCCACUAACUCCAGAUUUUACCUUUUUAUAAUACCGUUCAUUAAGGGGAGGGGGGGUCCUGAGGCUGGGAAAAAAGAAGGGCAUGGUGAUGAAACAUGCCAGGCAUUGACGAUAACAGUGGUGUGUUGCAUGCUCAAUAGCAGCAUCCUCAUUGAAGUCUGCUUAAUUAAACCAUAAUAUCUUUGUAACAAUUGGAUUUAAAAUGCCACCCUUUUAUUUUAACCUUGGGGUUUUUAAAACAAGUUUUCUUUGUUAAAUUUGGACAGGACUUUAAAUCCCAUUUUAAAACAACUGUAGAAGAAAUUUAUUCAAAAGUUGUUGGCUCUUAACUGCAAACUUCGGUGCUGUGUGGUAUAGGUGUUAGACAUGCCGUAUCUGGAAAUACUUGAUACAGGUUAGAAUCUGACCAGAUACCAAAGGGGCAGCUCUAUAAGAUGAUGUUGGGGGACAGGAGACCUUAGGCACAGGUGAUUGUUUUGAUCUGGGGCUUUUCUCUGAUUUUUCUUUUGAGGCGACGGAAUAUUCAUACGUUGUCGUGUUUUGUUUUUUUUUAAACUUCAGUGGAAUUUAAUUAUUACUUUAUACAUACAUUCAUCAAAUACCUUGGCAUUUCAAACAAAGAGUUUUCCAUAACUUUUUAGCCUGCCUUUUGUUAUUUUUGGUCUGACAUGGUCUAUCCCCGAUUCUCAUCUUGCAUGGCCAGAACUGUUUGGUUGAUUAAAAUGUAGCUACUCUUAAAAAUUCAUUAACUAACUGAGAGUGAUUAUUGCAGCAGAAAAUAUGGCCCAGGUAAUAUAAUAUCAAGUUUACUUGCUUACUGAAUAAUUUAAGAGUGAUUAAAAAUAAGAUUUUACUUUUUAAAACUACUCGUUGGAAUUUCCUAAGUUUUUCUUAAGAAAGCCAAAAUUCCGUGAACUUAAAAAGCAACAUAUUACGAUAGUCAGUUUUGUUCACCCCCUUUCUGCCAUCUGUCACCUUCCCUUGCAGCUUACAGAGCCCUAUAAGUUUUGAAAAUGUUUGCAAAUCAAACUAAAUUUAAACGUGAUCAUUAGAUGUACACAACACCAAGUGGUACAUCUGCAGAGAGCAUUUGAAAUUACUGAUUUCAGGAGAGCAAAUGAGUGUUUACUGAGGAAUAAUUAAAUCAGAAUUUCAUAUGAGCUCCACCAGCCCUCUCUGUUAGUUUCAUUUCAUUUUGAAUAAUAUUCUUGGAUGUUCAUUCUCUGUGCUCAGUACCAGUGUAUCACUGUUCCUGUGAUGUAAAGAUCCUUUAGGACAUGCGACUACCAGAGCUGGCUGGGAUGAAACAGAUUCCUGCCACAUGGAGCAAGUAUGUUUAAAUUAACAUCCUCUUAAAUUGACCAUUGCAGAUUCAUGCUGCAUUUUUUUAACCUUUGUAAAGAUAUAUGAUUUAUAUGAUUCUAAUAUACUGCAUUCCUAUUUGAAUUGGUUUUUCCAUGGUUUGCCUACUAGCAAAUAUUUUGCCUAUCUUCAAUUGUCCUAACCCAUUUUGAAAGCCCUUUUCCUUAACGUGAUAAGGUCUAUUAGUCUUGAUUGCUGCUGCUUAAGUUGACUUAAUAUAUAAAAAUUUCAGCCUCUCAGUUUUCAGAUAGCUUUACUUUUCAGUGGAGAUUAUUGUUUAUGAGGUGUUUGUUUGUUUGUUUUUGUUUUGGUGAUUUUUAAGUGCUGUGAAAAUCCAACCACAGUGCUCUCAUUGAUCGCUUACUCAAUUCUGUAUAGCUUGCUUGACCUGCAGACAGAGAAUGAAAGAAAACAAUGAAAUUGCCCAGAAUAUAUCCAAUGCCUUUUGUGGUAGCCAGAGUCCCCCAUGAUUAGCUUUUACUGAUGAUGGAAUAUGUCUUUUCAGUCUGUGCUGCUUUAGGCUCCACAAAAUGAUACAGGAAGCACACGGUCCCUUUUCUUGCAAUGUGGUUUGAAGGUGGUUUGAGGAGUCCUGAUAACCCUAAAAAGCAUCUUGUAAGGUAAAUAAAUAGUCUUGCAUCUAGAAAGGCUGGAUUUUACCUAUCAGAAACUUUUUUUUUCCCCAGGAAGUUACCAUCUGAUACAACUGUCCAUUUCAAGGACUAUAGUAGUUCAAGGUCUGGUAGUUCCACAUGCAACAUAUACCCCAAAAUAGUUAUCUUCCAAUCUGAGAAGUUUGACUUUUUAGUAAAUUUGGGUAGAAAUUCCAAGCUCUUGGAAGGGGCAACAGUGACCCCUGCACCUCUGUUAGCACCACAUCUUUUCCUUUGACUUCCAAGUGAGGUCCCCUCUCCCCUGCCUAGAGAACCACAGCGAGGUGGCCCGUUUGCAGAAGGAAGCCAGGCUCAUCUUGGCCACUGCUAGUAAGAUCUGCUAACUUUGGUUAAUGAGACAUUUUUUUUCCUCUGGAAAAAAUAAAGUGAAAAUAAAGAACUCUAGCUCAGAGUACAGUAAUACAGUUCAGAAAAGGUAAAUUCUCAGAGGUUAUGUCUGUUUUUAUGUCUUGCUUGACAUCACAUUUAAGGGCAAAUUCCACUCCCCAGAUGUACACAUAGGAAAUUGCAGACCAGUUAUCCUGAUCUCAGCCUGACUGAAAUGCCUUUUGUGACUAGGUUUCCAGAAGAGCUCCAAUGAUGUAUUCCCAUAGGUUUUUUUCCAGUUUUUUUCCAGUUGUUUACGCCAAUUUAUUACAAAAAAAAAAAAAAAAAGAUUCAGAGUGAAUGGGAUACAACUCUGAAUAUUUUUCUAGUCUGGAAUUUUUUUUUAUUAUUACUAAUCGGUGCUGCCAGGUCAUGCAUGCUGCAACUCAUUUCCCUUAUUUGGUUUCGCUUUUUGCAAGAAGGGCUACAGUUCACACUGCAGAGUAAGUAUUAAGCUUUCUGGGGGUUUUUCCCU